AUGCGAAUGCGACCCGCAACCCCGCUCAGCAUCAUCCUGCUGGCCGCAUUUGCUCUCUUGCUGCUGAGUGUUCUGAGUACUCCGAUAAUUCCUGGAAUCCACCUCGCCGCCUAUAACGACGUUACGUUCGGCGUCUUCGGCUUUUGUACGUCGGGUCAAUGUAGUGGCUAUGCAAUUGGUUACAACACAGCAUCUGGUGAACUUUCGAAUGCCGACUUUUCCCUCCAGUCCAAUGCCCGCAAUUCACUGACACACUUGCUGAUUGUGCACCCCAUUGCGGCACUAUUUACUCUAAUAUUAUUAAUUCUCUCGGUGCUUUCGCACCUCAAUGGUCCCGCGCAUUCUCCGCGAUACUUGCUUGCUAUUUUGAUACUUUCGCUACCAACAUUUGUACUCUCACUUCUUGCCUUCCUAGUUGAUAUCUUAAUUUUCCUACCGCACGUUCAAUGGGGUGGUUGGGUCGUGCUUGGGGCGACUGUUCUCAAUGCCAUAGCAGGAAUUAUAACCUGCGGUAUGCGCCGAACGCUUGUGCAAAAGGUCGCCCGUCGCAAGAGAAUCGCAGAGGCUCCGCCUACGAAUGGUACGGAAUUUUAUGCAAACCAGCCGCAGGUCGCGGCAGUUCCCCCGAUUCCAGAGAGCAACAUUGGCGAUAAAAUGCCGGAAUUCGCUACUUUCGAAGUUGAUAAGCCUGUGCACGGGGAGCCGGAGGGAGAGCGUAUCCCAUUGAAUCCUAGAUCGCGAGCCAUGUCACCGUCAGCGCCCGAAGAAAGAGUGAUGGGUGGCGCGAGUUCGUUUAACCAGCCUUCGUUACGUCGUGCGCCCAGCGAUAGGAGUGAGGGGUAUGGGCCGCCGCCGAGAGGUGCGGGGCCACUCUCGAGGCCCAAUCCACCGGGACAAGUAAGGGGACAAUACCCGAAUCAACCAAUGCAAUCGGCGAAUAAUGGUAAUCCGGGACCGUACGGCGCUCCCCCACCUAGAGGAUAUGGUAGCCCGGCACCUGGAUAUAAUGGAGAUGGCUAUAAUGGUGGACCUCCUCAAGGCGGAUAUAGAGGACCUCCCCCUCAGAAUGGACCAGGAAUGUUCAACCCAGGUACAGGGCUAGGGCCUCCUCCGAGAAGAGGUCCCGGGCCGAACCAAUUUGGACCCCGUGGGCCGCCGCCGCAGAACGGCGGGCCAUAUGGAGGUGGUGGACAGUACGGAAUGGGGCUGGGAAUGGGACCGGGACCAGGAAUGGGACCAGGAAUGGGACAUCAUAAUGGGAUGGGACCGCAAGGAGGAAUGGGGCCAAACGGCAUGAUGAUGGGUGGUGGCCAGGGACAGAGGAGACCGAUGCAACAGCAACCCCCGCCACAACAUCAACAAAGAGAAAGCCGCGAAUAUGAUUUCCCUGCGGAGCAGCCACACGUAGACGAAAGACGGGAGUUUGAGCAGACGCUUCCUGCAGCAGCAGGAGGCACGGCAGUGGGAGUUGCAGCAGCAGCACCAGCGACCAGCGAGGAAUAUCGUGAUGAUGAUAGGCGCGUGCAACCUGCCGAGUUGGCCGCAGAUAUGCAGCGGGAGCCCACUCCGCCCAGGCUGGCUGUUGUAAAUGAUACUAAACAGCCGUACGACAAUGAAUAUGUACCCCCACGUGCAGUAUGGAAUGGACAGAGCUCUGGUACUCCGCCGCCUCAAUCUCGCACGCCGCCCCCAGCUGAACUUCCUACCCCCGCCGACGCAUCUCCUGCCCGCCGUGGAAAUAAUGCCGCCCCUCGUCCGUCUGAAAGUUACUACGAGGAUGUGGCACCAGUAUUCGAUGCUACCCACGUCGCACUUUCGCAGCCCCCGCACCCGCAUGCGCCUAUGCCCGGCGGUAUGCCUGGACCUAUACCGUACAGAAUACAGAUACCGCAACAGCAGCAACAGCAGCAGCAACAACAGCAACAGAUGCCGUUACGUGCGUUAGAGGACCUUCAGGAUGGCCAGAGAAGUCCCGCAAUGAGUACAACCAGCAAUUUCACAAGUAUCAGUCAGAGGCCUCCAAAUCCUAACUGGGUGCCAGGACCAGGUCAGCAGCCGCCAAUGCCAGGAGGAAUGAACCAAGGGCGACGAGGACCGACGUCUAGUCAAUUACUUGGAGGAAAUCCCGACUUUGAACUGCCAACUGGUCGAGGCGGAAGGUUCCGAGGUGGGGCAGGUAUGGGGAGAUGA